CUGAGGUCCCUGGGUUCGAGAGCGGGAAGGGCCCGGGAAGAGGGGCGGAGCCGGCGCGGCCGUCCGGGCUGAGGUAACUGUCUUCUCCUGAGGGGUUUGGGUAGCUUGGUCCCUGAGAGGAAGCUCAGGCCCUGAAGGGCGGCUCGGGGACUGAGGUGUUGUCUGGGCAGCUCCUGCUGCUGGAGCCGAAUUGCAGCCAAGCCUCCGGGGCCUAGGAAACGGCUCUUCCUCCGCCAGCCCCCGCCCUCCCCACACGGGCGCACACCUCCCUCCCUGACGCAUUCUGCCGCACAAGCUGUAAUAUGGCGGCAGCGACGGCGCCCUCGACUCUGAAGACUGAGGUUGAUUUUUGAUGCUUCGAAAAUCCUAAAACUGAGCACUACUGCGGGGAACAAGAAGAUUGGAUCAUUUGUUGUUGGUGGUGUUUUGAGGGUUUUUUUCCCCUUCAAUUUAAAGAUUGAAUGCGGCAACCAUGGGAAUAAAGGUUCAGCGUCCUCGAUGUUUUUUUGACAUUGCCAUUAACAAUCAACCUGCUGGAAGAGUUGUAUUUGAAUUAUUUUCUGAUGUGUGCCCCAAAACAUGUGAGAACUUCCGUUGCCUUUGUACAGGUGAAAAGGGGACAGGGAAAUCAACUCAGAAGCCAUUACAUUAUAAGAGUUGUCUCUUUCACAGAGUUGUCAAGGAUUUCAUGGUUCAAGGUGGUGACUUUAGUGAAGGAAAUGGACGAGGAGGAGAAUCUAUUUAUGGAGGAUUUUUUGAAGAUGAGAGUUUUGCUGUUAAACACAACAAAGAAUUUCUCUUGUCAAUGGCUAACAGAGGGAAGGAUACAAAUGGUUCACAGUUCUUCAUAACAACGAAACCAACUCCUCAUUUAGAUGGGCAUCAUGUUGUUUUUGGGCAAGUGAUCUCUGGUCAAGAAGUUGUGAGAGAGAUAGAAAAUCAGAAAACAGAUGCAGCUAGCAAACCAUUUGCUGAAGUUCGAAUACUCAGUUGUGGAGAGCUAAUUCCCAAAUCUAAAGUUAAGAAAGAAGAAAAGAAAAGGCAUAAAUCAUCAUCUUCCUCCUCCUCAUCUAGUGAUUCAGAUAGCUCAAGUGAUUCUCAGUCCUCUUCUGAUUCUUCUGAUUCUGAAAGUGCUUCUGAAGAGAAAUCAAAAAAAAGAAAGAAGAAACAUAGGAAAAAUUCCCGAAAACAUAAGAAGGAAAAGAAGAAGCGAAAGAAAAGCAAGAAAAGCGCUUCUAGUGAAAGUGAGGCUGAAAAUCCUGAAGCACAACCCCAAUCUACUGUCCGUCCUGAAGAAAUCCCUCCCAUACCAGAAAAUAGAUUCCUAAUGAGAAAAAGUCCUCCAAAAGCUGAUGACAAAGAAAGGAAAAACAGAGAGAGAGAAAGAGAGAGAGAGUGUAACCUACCUAACUCUCAGCCUCCUUCAUACCAGAGACGACUCUUAGUUACCAGGUCUGGCAGGAAAAUUAAAGGAAGAGGACCAAGGCGUUAUCGAACUCCUUCCAGAUCAAGAUCAAGGGAUCGUUUCCGACGUAGUGAAACUCCUCCACAUUGGAGGCAAGAGAUGCAGAGAGCUCAAAGAAUGAGAGUUUCAAGUGGUGAAAGAUGGAUCAAAGGCGAUAAGAGUGAGUUAAAUGAAGUAAAAGAAAAUCAAAGGAGCCCAGUUAGAGUAAAAGAAAGAAAAAUAACUGAUCACAGGCAUGUAUCUGAGAGUCCAGACAGAAAAACAGAAAAGGAAAAGAAAGUUAAAGAGCAUAAAUCUAACAGCAAAGAGAGAGAUAUUAGAAGAAAUUUAGAAAAAGAUGAUAAAUAUAAUAAAAACAAAGUGAAGAAAAGAGCCAAAUCUAAAAGUAGAAGUAAGAGCAAAGAGAAAUCAAAAAGUAAGGAAAGAGAUUCAAAACAUAACCGACAUGAAGAAAAGAGGUUGAGGUCAAGGAGUGAAGAAAGAGAUAAUGGGAAUGUUAAAGAAAAAGAAAAGCACUCUGAUUCUAAAGGCAAAGAGCAGGAAAGGAGUAGAAGUAAAGAGAAGUCCAAACAGUUAGAAUCAAAAGGUAAUGAGCAUGACCAUAGUAAAAGCAAAGAAAAGGAUAGACAUGCACAGUCCAGAAGUAGAGAACGUGAUACAACUAAAAGCAAACACAGUUACAAUAGUAGAACGAGGGAACGCAGCAGAAGUAGGGACAGGAACAGAAGAGUGCGAUCGAGAAGCCAUGACAGAGAUCGCAGUCGAAGCAAGGAGUACCAUAGAUACAGAGAACAGGAGUACCGAAGAAGAGGAAGGUCACGAAGUCGAGAAAGAAGAACAUCACCAGGAAGAUCAAGAAGUAAAGAUAGGAGGAGAAGGAGGAGAGAUUCACGGAGCUCAGAGAGAGAAGAUAGUCAAAGCAGAAACAAAGAAAAAUACAGAAACCAAGAAAGUAGAAGUUCACACAGAAAAGAAAAUUCUGAGAGUGAGAAAAAAAUGUACUCUAAAAAUCGUGAUCACAGUAGUUCAAAUAAUAACAGGGAAAAAAAGGCUGAUAGAGAUCAAAGUCCAUUAUCAAAAAUAAAACAGAGCAGUCAGGACAAUGAAUUAAAGUCCUCCACACUGAAAAAUAAGGAGGAUGAAAAGACAAGAUCCUCAAUGGAAAAAGAAAACCAAAAAUCAAAGGGUCAAGAAAAUGACCAUGUACAUGAUAAAAAUAAAAAAUUUGAUCAUGAAUCAAGUCCUGGAACAGAUGAAGACAAAAGUGGAUGAGUGAGUUGUAUACAUUUAAUGUCUCAAAUUUUAAGUUUUAGAGACUUGAUGAAUAUCUUUUAUGUUGUUUUCAUUGUUUGGGUUGUUUUCUGUUUGUCUUUUUUUUUAAUGUGGACUUCAUUGAGUUGAUCUUUUGAUAAUCUGCAACCUGGAUAAUUUGUACUGCUAAAGUUUUAAUAAACUUGAAAUGAGAAAAACA